GCAGCCCACCUGAAUUCUCUUCUCCUGACAACAUGUGUUGCAACUACGGGAACUCCUGUGGCUAUGGCUGCGGAUGCAGCUAUGGCUGUGGCUAUGGCUCAGGCUGUGGCUAUGGCUAUGGCUCAGGCUGUGGUUGUGGCUAUGGGUCUCGCUAUGGCUGUGGUUAUGGCUCAGGCUGUGGCUGUGGCUAUGGCUCAGGAUGGGGCUGUGGCUAUGGCUCAGGAUGGGGCUGUGGAAAAGGCUCCUGCUCUGGGUGUGGAUAUGGCUCUGGCUGCUGUGGCUACCGGCCAUUUUGCUACAGAAGAUGUUAUUCUUCUUGCUGCUAGACCAUCACUCUCCAAGACCCAUUUGCUUCUGAAAUAACAUGACCAAAGCAACAAUUGAAGCAAGGAUCCAUACCUCAAGAUCUCUACAUCCACGGAAUUGCAUGCUUGGCAGAAGAUUUGACCCCCAGUGAACAUUUGUUAGGAUGGCAUCUUGAGGCUCCAGGCCAUGUGGUAUCAUCUGACUAUUUCCCAAAUAUUGGUUUUUGUUCCCUUAAUCUAGAUUCUGUGUUGGGACUGUGCCAGGGAUCCUAAUAUUUUUGC